CUGUGAAACCUUCUCUGCUCAGAGCUCCAGGACCAAUGCAUCUUCCCACCACCUUAAGCCACUGGGUUGCUUGCUUUGAAGACUAAAAGGAUGAUGUGUGUAAGAAUGCUUCGAAGAGAACAAAGCACUGGGCAAAUAUAAGAGCAGUUCAGAGCCCCAAUUUCAGAAGACUUGUCCUUGCUGCCACCAUGAGCUCUGAAUGUGAUGUCGGUGCUUCCAAAGCCGUGGUGAAUGGCUUGGCCCCCGGCAGUGAUGGGCAAGACAAAGCAACUGCCGACCCUUUACGUGCACGCUCUAUUUCUGCUGUUAAAAUAAUUCCUGUGAAGACAGUGAAAAACGCUGCAGGCUUAGUCCUACCUACAGACAUGGAUCCUUCAAAAAUCUGCACUGGGAAGGGAGCGGUGACUCUCCGGGCCUCAUCUUCCUACAAGGAGAUCCCGAGCAGUGCCCCUGUGAGCCCGCAGGAAACCCCACAACACGAGAGCAAACCAGGUCUGGAGCCAGAGCCUUCCCCAACAGAUGAGUGGAGGCUUUCUUCCAAUGCUGAUGCCAAUGGAAAUGCCCAGCCCUCUUCACUGGCUGCCAAGGGCUACAGAAGUGUGCAUCCCAACCUUCCUUCCGACAAGCCCCAGGGUGCCACUUCCUCCAGCCCAGCCCAGCCCGAGGUAAUAGUGGUCCCUCUCUACCUGGUUAAUACUGACAGAGGGCAAGAAGGCACUGCCAGACCUCCAGCAUCUCUGGGGCCGCUUGACUGUGUCCCCGCAGUCCCGGUGACCGCCCCUGCCGCCUCACCUCUGACCUUUCCGACUCUAGAUGAUUUCAUUCCCCCUCAUCUGCAGAGGCGGCCCCACCACAGCCAGCCAGCCAGUGCUUCUGGCUCCCUUCCCCCCGUUAGCCAGACACCACCGUCCUUCUCACCACCACCUCCGCUGGUCCCUCCCGUACCGGAGGCCCUCCGCAGAGUCUCGGAGCCUGAGCCCACGGGAGCCGUUUCAAGUACCGGUUCCAGUCCUUUAUUAAAUGAAGUUUCUUCUUCCCGUAUUGGAACUGAUUCCCAAGCCUUUACACCAGUUAGCAAGUCAUCAUCCGCCUACCCCUCCACAACCAUUGUCAAUCCUACUAUUGUGCUCUUGCAACACAAUCGAGAACAGCAAAAACGUCUCAGUAGCCUUUCAGAUCCUGCCUCAGAAAGAAGAGUGGGCGAGCAGGACUUGGCACCAACCCAGGAAAAACCCACCUCACCUGGCAGCGCUGCUGAAAAGAAAGCAAAGGAUGAUAGCAGGAGGGUGGUUAAGAGCGCUCAGGACCUGAGCGAUGUUUCCAUGGAUGAAGUGGGCAUCCCCCUUCGGAACACCGAGAGAUCAAAAGACUGGUACAAGACUAUGUUUAAACAGAUCCACAAACUAAACAGAGAUGAUGAUUCAGAUCUGUACUCUCCUCGAUACUCCUUUUCUGAAGACACAAAAUCUCCCCUUUCUGUGCCUCGUUCAAAAAGUGAGAUGAGCUGCUUUGACGGUGAGAAGGUAGUUAAGAGGUCGGCCACACUACCCCUCCCAGCCCGCUCUUCCUCACUGAAGUCCAGCCCAGAAAGAAACGACUGGGAGCCCCCAGAUAAGAAAGUGGAUACAAGAAAAUACCGUGCAGAGCCCAAAAGCAUUUACGAAUAUCAGCCGGGCAAGUCUUCCGUUCUGACCAACGAAAAGAUGAGUCGGGAUAUAAGCCCAGAAGAGAUAGAUUUAAAGAAUGAACCUUGGUAUAAAUUCUUUUCGGAAUUGGAGUUUGGGAAACCGCCUCCCAAAAAGAUAUGGGAUUAUACUCCUGGAGACUGCUCUAUCCUUCCUAGAGAGGAUAGAAAGACUAAUCUAGACAAAGAUCUCAACCUCUGCCAAACAGAGUUAGAGGCAGAUUUAGAAAAAAUGGAGACGCUUAAUAAAGCACCCAGUGCAAACCUGCCACAGAGCUCAGCAGUCAGCCCUACUCCGGAAAUUUCUUCAGAGCCUCCUGGAUAUAUAUAUUCUUCCAACUUCCAUGCAGUGAAGAGGGAAUCAGAUGGGGCUCCUGGGGAUCUGGCUAGCUUGGAGAAUGAGAGACAGAUUUACAAAAGUGUUUUGGAAGGUGGUGACAUCCCUCUUCAGGGCCUCAGUGGGCUCAAGAGGCCGUCCAGCUCGGCUUCCACUAAAGAUUCAGAAUCACCAAGACAUUUUAUACCAGCUGAUUACUUGGAAUCCACAGAAGAAUUUAUUCGAAGACGUCAUGAUGAUAAAGAGAAACUUUUAGCGGACCAGAGACGACUUAAGCGCGAGCAAGAAGAGGCCGAUAUUGCAGCUCGACGCCACACGGGCGUCAUCCCGACGCACCAUCAGUUUAUCACUAAUGAGCGCUUUGGGGACCUUCUCAAUAUAGACGAUACUGCAAAAAGGAAAUCUGGGUCAGAGAUGAGACCUGCCAGAGCCAAAUUUGACUUCAAAGCUCAGACGCUAAAGGAGCUUCCUCUGCAGAAGGGAGAUAUUGUUUACAUUUAUAAGCAAAUUGAUCAGAACUGGUACGAAGGAGAACACCACGGCCGGGUGGGAAUCUUCCCACGCACCUACAUCGAGCUUCUUCCUCCUGCCGAGAAGGCUCAGCCCAAAAAGCUGACACCAGUGCAGGUUUUGGAAUACGGAGAAGCUAUUGCUAAGUUUAACUUUAAUGGUGAUACGCAAGUAGAAAUGUCCUUCAGAAAGGGCGAGAGGAUCACACUGCUCCGACAGGUGGACGAGAACUGGUACGAAGGGAGGAUCCCAGGGACAUCCCGACAAGGCAUCUUUCCCAUCACCUACGUGGACGUGAUCAAACGGCCACUGGUGAAAAACCCCAUGGAGUACAUCGACCUACCUUACUCCUCCUCUCCAAGUCGUAGUGCCACUGCGAGCCCACAGUUCCCUAGUCAGAGUAAGCUCCUCAUGCCAGCCCCCUCAUCUCUGCCCCAUCCCCGCCGAGCCCUGUCCCCUGAGAUGCACGCCGUCACCUCCGAGUGGAUCUCGCUGACUGUGGGGGUCCCCAGCAGGCGUUCUCUGGCCCUGACCCCUCCCUUGCCUCCUCUGCCAGAGGCUUCUGUCUAUAGCACUGACCACCUUGCCGGGUCGUCGAGGGCCGGCCCCUCCCUGUCUCUCAGCCUCCCACAGUCCAGUUGGUCAGAUCGUCCCACCCCACGAUCAGUGGUUUCCCCACUGGCCCUACCUGCCCCUCACAAAGCCUACUCCCCAGUACCUGGCGCCCAGGCAUCCCUUCACAUCAAUGGAGACAGUGGUGUCCACAUGCCACCUUCAGGCGUCCACCAAGAUAGCUUCUCCCAGCCACUGUUCGGGAGCUCUGAUAGUGUCAUCUCGGAGCUUAGCGAUGCCUUUAGCAGCCAGAGCAAGAGGCAGCCGUGGCAAGAAGAGAACGGACACUAUGAGAGGAAAGCAGAGAGGGAGGCAGGUGAGAGAUGCCCUGGUGGACCCAAGAUCUCUAAGAAGAGCUGCUUGAAGCCUUCAGACGUGGUCAGGUGCCUGAGUACUGAACAGAGACUCUCAGAUCUCCACACCCCUGAGGAGAGCCGGCCCGGCAAGCCCCUGGGUGGCCCUUUUCCAGGAAGGGAGGCUGAGCAGCCAGAACGGCAUAGAGGUGGCGAGCAGGCUGAGAGGAGAGCUGCUCAGAGAGGUGGGAGCCAGCCUUCUCAUCAUUCAUUGAGAGCAGGACCUGAUCUCACAGAAUCUGAAAAGAGCUAUGUGCAACCUCAAGCCCAGCAGCGAAGAGUCACCCCAGACAGGAGUCAAACCUCACAAGAUUUAUUUAGCUACCAAGCAUUAUAUAGCUAUAUACCACAGAAUGAUGAUGAAUUGGAACUCAGAGAUGGAGAUAUCGUUGAUGUCAUGGAAAAAUGUGACGAUGGAUGGUUUGUUGGUACUUCAAGAAGGACAAGGCAGUUUGGUACUUUUCCAGGAAACUAUGUAAAACCUUUGUAUCUAUAAGAAGAUUGAAAACCUCGGAGAUUAUUUUUAUUGGAGGAUAAAGCGUAAUUCACAAACCGAUCUCUUUAGUUGAGUCAGUAGGAAAAUUAAUGCAGUGGAUAAAGUAAGAAGCAAAAGAGAGGGACAGAGGAGUGUUGUUUGAAAUCAAAGCCUGUCUAACAUUACUGUGUAUCAGACAGGGUCGAAUGGUGUACUGAGCAAAAAGAAUUGAGGCAAAUCGCAUUUACUUAGCUGCUUCUGGGAGCCAGUUCAGCCUUCCCCUCCCCUCCACCUCCUGGGUAAUCUGACCCGGAGCACAGUCCAGAAGCAGAGUUAGCCGGAAAUGCCUCCUGCUGCCCCAGCCUUAACCAGCUCCCAUCUCAAAGGGGUCAUCGAGCCUGAAGCAACCCUCGGGGAGCCAGGCAGAUCCCCAGCCAUUUUCAGAGGCUCCAAGCCUAAGAAUCCACCAACUGCCCCAGCCUCCAGUCCCCAGCUGCCCUGGAGCCAGCUGACCCCCAGCACUCCUGGAGAUCAGUCUGGGGUGCAGAGGCUGUCCCCAGACAGAGGUGGAGGCCCCCAAAUUGCCCAAGACCAACUCCUUCUCUUGACCUGCUGAGGUACAGGUGGGGAAAUGGAGGUAGAACACUCAGUGCAUUCAGCCUGCUAUGCAGCAUGGCCACUGACUGCCCUGGUGUUCAGAUGGAAAAGCACACAAGAUUUGCCCAUGAGAAUUGGGAGCAGAUGGCCAGGCAGAUAGGUUACAUCUGUAUUUCCAAGUGAUUAAGUCAAGAAGCUGCCCUUGAGGCCACUUGCAGUGCAUUCCUUUCCCAUAUCGCUGGCUUUUAUAGACAGUCACCUUCAGGGCCAUGAAGUCACUCUAAACCACUUACCAGCUUCAUUUAUCAGAACCUCAUUACUAACCCUUCUUUUCUGGCUUGUGUUUGGUGGGACAGUUUGGAAUUGGUAGGCCUAUUUUCAUAGAAAACCAAGAACGGUGUCCAGGGAUUCAUUUAACGUAUACCAAGGUACACUGGCUGCUGGGGAGACCAAUGGGCAGGACUUGCUCCAGACUCUGAAGGGACUCGCCAUGUCUCCCAUCUCACUCCCUAAAGAAGUUCAAGGACCACCCAAAAUUCACAGGGCUGUGAAUCCAAAUGCACCCUGGUGAGCUUCUCUGCAGAGGGAAGCAGUGAUUAUGCUGCCACCGGCAGUGACCAGGAAUCCUGUCCUUUGUGGGGGCAAGAUCUGAGGAGGGAGGCCCCUCUGGCACCCAGGGCGGGAGUUAACAACUCUCUCCAGCUUGAGGAUGUUUGUCAGUCUCUCUGGUGGACCCCUUAAUGAGACAAAGAUAGCAAUGACCCAUUUGCUGCCCGCCAGGAACUCAGUGCUUACUGGGGAGACAGCCACAGAAAAAGGAACUUAAUCAAGAGAGACUGUGGUAUGUGCUAAGAAGGGUGUGAGAGAGGAAGAGAUGACUUUUCCCUGGAGGGAUCAUAGAAAGCAUUGUCAUAUUUCUGUCUCCAUUAGCUCACUUUUGAAAAUCUAGGAUGCUGGAAGAACCUUUGUCUGAGGGUAGAUCAUGGCUGGAAAUACUUGGAACUUUGUCCAGAGUCUCCAAGCUCUCUUCUUCAUAAAUACUCAUCCAAGGUCACAAAUUGCUGUUCUAGGUGGUAGGGGUGUGUACAGGAACCCCUGGCUGUCUGCAUAUAGCUCAGAAUUACCCCAGGACCAUUGUCCCAAAGUCUAGAGUCUUCACAAGUAGGCAGAAUUUGUCUCAGUGCCUGCGCCUCAGCUGCUCAGAUGCCCUUCUUAGGAUCCCACCAGCUUCCCACCCCCCACCAGACAGUCACAGUACCCUCACUUUUUCUCCCUAUCCUCCUUUCAAAUCCUGUUCUCAGGAAAGAAAUUGCCACUGAUCCAUUCACACUAAAGUGUAAAUGACUGAUAAGAGGAAUGUGUUAGUCUUCCCACAGACAUUUGUUUUUAUCUAGGCCAGAAGAGAGCCUUAAUCCCAAGGGAAAAGGCUUAUGGAACUGGAGGGGUGGGGGAGCUUCCUGGGUAGAAAGAGCCUUCUUGAUUGUCUUUAGGACCCAGUGACAAUAGACCUAUUGCUUUGGAAGGUCUGCUUCACCAUCCAAGAGCACUGUGUUUUUGACUUUCUCUCUCUGGGGGAAAAUAGUAAAAAUGCAUAUUAACGUGCAUUUUGCACGGCAGCAUUUCACCCAUUUUGGAAUGUAUUGGCUAAUGCGUUUCCCGGUCUUUCUUAGAUGCAAACCAUUAAUAACACUAUCUUACAGAGUUUUGAGGGGUGCUUCUUGAUAAAGUAGGUAAUUUUGAACACCUCCUUAAAUACAGCUAGAAAAUAAAACCAAUUUGUAAAGUCACAUUUGCAUAUGAUGCCAGCCUCAUGCAUUUGUAUAUCUCCAGAAAUCCAAGUAUGCCUCACGGAUUUGCCGGUCUUUAAUAAAGUCAUAUGGUAAAAUUUG